UGACUAUUGGCUUCUUAAGGACCAAAAUCACUCGCAGUUAGUCACUCUCAAAUGGAUAUCUUCAGCCGAUACUCAGACCCUUAUCCAUUUGGGUCUGCAUCCGAGAAGCCCGAGAGUACUUCUUCGUUGUCCGACGCCGGCACCUCUGCUCGCCGAGCCGUUGUUCACUCGGACGAAGAAGAGCUUCUCCUAGCUUCCAGCAUGCCCAAGAGGCGCGCCGGCCGGAAGAAAUUCAAGGAGACGAGGCACCCGGUUUAUCGCGGCGUUAGGAGGAGGAACAAGAACAAGUGGGUCUCUGAAAUGCGCAAACCCAAUGAGAAGACGAGGAUAUGGCUCGGGACGUACCCGAGUGCGGAGAUGGCGGCGCGGGCGCACGACGUGGCGGCUCUGGCGCUUAGGGGAACCUCCGCGUGUCUCAACUUCGCCGACUCGGUGUGGAGUGUGCGCCUGCCGGCUUCGACGGAUGCGGGGGAGAUUAGAAGGGCUGCAGCGGAGGCGGCGGAGGGAUUCCAGCCUAGUGUGUUUGUUGAGGAGGUGGAAGCGAAGGGCGUGCAAGACAGUAGUGUUUUGUAUAUGGAUGAGGAGGCGGAGGGGAAGGGUGUGCAAGAGAGUAGUGUGUUGUAUAUGGAUGAGGAGGCUCUGUUUGACAUGCCUGGCUUGCUGGUGAGUAUGGCUCAAGGUCUUCUACUGUCUCCUCCUCACUGUACAUGUGUAGACGAUGGCUUGGAGUACUGGGAUGACAUGGAAAGCAAUGGUGGGGUUUCCUUAUGGAGUUUAUCCAUAUAACAAUAGAGUUUGAACAGGGUUUUAGUCGUAGCAAAAGGUUAGAAAAAGUUUGCAUAGUGCAUAUAUACUCCAUGGGGAAUGGUAGUCAGUUCGAUCUCUUUUGUUCUUCUCGUGUCUAUUUGAAAAUAAAAAAUAUAAUUAAAAAAUUAUAUUUAUAUUAUACAGAAAGACAUAAAUAUAAUUUUUUUUAUUACAAUUAUGUCUUUUUAGAUUUAACAUUUCUCAUAUUGUAUAUUAUGAGUUGAGGAAUUGAAGUUACAGGUGAAAAGUUAUCACAGUUGAAGAGUGUGACUUAACUACCGAAAGUUUCUUACCUUGUCACAGUUGAUAAAAAAAAAUUGUCACCCAAUUGUAGUUCAAAUUUAUUUGUAUUAUUUAAUUCUCUUAUAAAUAGUAGCUUGUUUAUAUUGUAAACAUUAAUCAAGAGAAAUAAGUGUAAAUGUAAUUAUUUAAACUUUAUCAUGUGAAUAUAGGUUAUAAAUCAAAUCAUGUUCUUUUUAUUUAUUUAUUUAUUUACUGUGUUUUUCACUGGCACAGAGGUUAGCGUGGAAAAUAUGUUAAAAAAUCAAAUAGGAUUGACUGACUGUUUAGCUGAGGGGAGCAAAGUUUCCCAUCAGUACUCAUCACUCAUCGAUGAGUCAUUCCUUUUUUCUUGUAUUUAUGCGGCGGCCGAGCCAAUGGGUGUCUAGCCUUCAAAGAUUUUAUUUCAUGCAUAAAUUUACGAA